AUGUUUGGACAGUUGGGUAGAGAUGUGACACCAAAAGUGGAUUAUUUAAAACCCGAGAGAAUAUCCUAUUUCGAUGACAAAGAUGUCCAACAAAUCAAUUGUGGUGAACAUCACUCACUGGCCCUCACAUCCAAUGGACAGGUGUAUGGGUGGGGACGUAACGAUGUGGGACAGUUGGAGGUCAUAGGAUCGGGUGGUUUUGGGACAGUAUUGCGAGUGAAACACAAAUUUGAUGGACAAGUAUUUGCCGUCAAACGCAUUGAAAUUAAUGAUUUUGAUGAAAAAGAAGUGCAAAAUCUAGUGAAUGUUAGAUCAGAAUAUGUGGUCAGAUAUUACCACUCAUGGUGUGAACCGGAUUUUGGUUACAUUCAGAUGGAGUUGUGUUCACAAAGUCUUCGACAUAUACUUGAAGUCAAAGCACAAAUCAUUCACAGAGACCUCAAACCCGAAAACAUAGUGAUUGCCUAUAAUGUAGAAAACGGCAGAUUUAUUAAGUUAUGUGACUUCGGUUUGGCUACAGUUCACGACAAACGCAUUCACAACAGGACUUCACAAAAACAUACGGCAGACAGAGGGACACUAGAAUAUCAGGCACCGGAAGUUGCGCUGCGAAGGUUUGGCCGCUUUUUUAUAUCCUUUCCUCGACUUCUGGCCACCAUUUGUGUCCUCAUUAGCUCCGGACUCAUCACCGGAACCGUCAUCGCCCUCACCAUCAGAUUCAUCGUUAUUGCCAUCACUCCCGGCGGAUCUGAGCCCUUGCUUCGCACCAGAAGUGGUCCUCGACUUCACCACUGA